CCGCGCGCCCUGCCGCCCGGCCCUCCCUGGGUGCCCCCGCGCCGCGCGGUGGUACGAUCCGGGUUUAAAAGGCCCGGGCGGCCCCGGGCCGGCCCAGUGUGUGGGCGGUGGCGGUGGCAGUGGCGUUGGUGGCGGCGGCGGCGGCGGCGCGCGCGGGGCGCCGGUUGCGGGGCGUGGCGGCUGGGGCCUGGGAGCUGGGCCAGUGUGGGGCUCGGGGGCGCGUCCACGUGGCUGGAGGGCGGCCACUCCGAGCCAGCGGCGGCGGAGAGACAGGCCCGUCCCUGGGCGCAGCCGCCGGCCAUGCCCGCUGUUUGUCUCCUCUCACUGCUCGUCCUUGCCAUGGGGGGGGCCCUGGGCAGCAGCAGGCCCUUCCCUGCCUUCUCGGUGACAGACACUACCCUCACCCACCUGGCGGUACACCGGGUGACUGGAGAGGUGUUUGUGGGCGCAGUGAAUCGUGUCUUCAAGCUGUCCCCCAACCUGACCGAGCUGCGGGCCCAUGUCACGGGGCCUGUUGAGGACAAUGCUCGCUGCUACCCACCCCCCAGUAUGCGUGUGUGCGCCCAUCGCCUGGCGCCUGUGGACAACGUGAACAAGCUGCUGCUCAUAGACUAUGCGGCCCGCCGCCUGGUGGCCUGUGGCAGCAUCUGGCAGGGCAUCUGCCAGUUCCUGCGCCUCGAUGACCUCUUCAAGCUGGGCGAGCCCCACCAUCGCAAGGAGCACUACCUGUCGGGGGCCCGGGAACCCGACUCCAUGGCUGGCGUCAUUGUGGAACAGGGCCAGGGGCCCAGCAAGCUGUUUGUGGGCACUGCUGUGGAUGGCAAGUCUGAGUACUUCCCCACUCUGAGCUCUCGAAAGCUCAUCGGUGAUGAGGACAGUGCCGACAUGUUCAGUCUGGUGUACCAGGAUGAGUUUGUCUCCUCACAGAUCAAGAUCCCCUCAGACACAUUGUCCUUGUACCCUGCUUUUGACAUCUACUAUAUCUAUGGCUUUGUGAGUGCCUCCUUUGUGUACUUCCUGACGCUGCAGCUGGACACCCAGCAGACGUUGCUGGACACAGCAGGCGAGAAAUUCUUCACAUCCAAGAUCGUGCGCAUGUGCGCGGGGGACUCGGAGUUCUACUCAUACGUGGAGUUCCCCAUUGGCUGCUCCUGGCGCGGCGUGGAGUACCGCUUGGUGCAGAGCGCCCACCUGGCCAAGCCCGGCCUGCUGCUGGCCCAGGCCCUGGGUGUGCCAGCUGACGAGGAUGUCCUCUUCACAGUCUUCUCUCAAGGCCAGAAGAACCGGGCCAGCCCACCGAGGCAGACCAUCCUCUGCCUCUUUACCCUCAGCAACAUCAAUGCCCACAUCCGGCGCCGCAUCCAGUCCUGCUAUCGCGGGGAGGGCACACUGGCCCUGCCUUGGCUGCUGAACAAGGAGCUGCCCUGCAUCAACACUCCCAUGCAGAUAAAUGGAAACUUCUGCGGGCUGGUGUUGAACCAGCCACUGGGUGGCCUGCACGUGAUUGAGGGGCUGCCCCUGCUGGCUGACAGCACUGAUGGCAUGGCCAGUGUGGCUGCCUACACCUACCACCAGCACUCCGUGGUCUUCAUUGGCACUCGCAGUGGCAGCCUGAAGAAGGUGCGGGUCGAUGGCUCCCAGGAUGCCCAUCUGUACGAGACAGUGCCCGUGGUGGAUGGCAGCCCCAUACUCCGAGACCUCCUCUUCAGCCCUGACCACCGGCACAUCUACCUCCUGAGUGAGAAGCAGGUGAGCCAGCUCCCAGUGGAGACCUGCGAGCAAUACCUGAGUUGCGCAGCCUGCCUGGGCUCGGGGGACCCGCACUGUGGUUGGUGUGUGCUGCAGCACAGAUGCUGCCGCGAAGGGGCUUGUCCAGGUGCCUCAGCCCCUCAUGGCUUUGCCAAGGAGCUGAGCAAAUGUGUUCAGGUGCGGGUCCAGCCCAACAACGUGUCGGUGACAUCACCUGGGGUGCAGCUCACUGUGGCCAUGCGCAACGUGCCAGACCUCAGCGCAGGUGUGAGCUGUGCCUUUGAGGAGGUGACGGAGAACGAGGCCAUCCUGCUGCCCUCUGGGGAGUUGCGCUGUCCCUCGCCCUCCCUCCAGGAGCUCCGGACGCUCACCAGGGGGCACGGGGCCACCCGCACUGUGCGGCUGCAGCUGCUCUCCAAGGAGACCGGCGUGAGCUUUGCAGGGGCCGACUUUGUCUUCUACAACUGCAGUGUUCUCCAGUCGUGCAUGUCCUGCGUCGGCAGCCCUUACCCCUGCCACUGGUGUAAGUACCGCCACGUGUGUACCAGCCACCCCCACGAGUGCUCCUUCCAGGAGGGCAGGGUCCACAGCCCUGAGGGCUGCCCUGAGAUCCUGCCCAGCGGGGACCUCCUGAUCCCAGUCGGUGUCAUGCAGCCUCUUACCUUGCGGGCCAAGAACCUGCCGCAGCCCCAGUCGGGCCAGAAGAACUACGAGUGCGUGGUCCGGGUGCAGGGCCGGCAGCAGCGGGUGCCUGCUGUGCGCUUCAACAGCAGCAGUGUGCAGUGCCAGAAUGCCUCGUACUCCUAUGAAGGCGAUGAGUAUGGUGACACCGAGCUGGAUUUCUCUGUGGUCUGGGAUGGAGAUUUCCCCAUCGACAAGCCUGCCACCUUCCGAGCUCUCCUGUACAAGUGCUGGGCCCAGCGACCUAGCUGUGGUCUCUGCCUCAAGGCUGACCCCCGCUUCAACUGCGGCUGGUGCGUCUCAGAGCACAGGUGCCAGCUGCGGGCCCACUGCCCAGCACCCAAGACCAACUGGAUGCACCUGAGCCAGAAAGGCACCCGCUGCAGCCACCCUCGCAUUGCCCAGAUCCACCCACUUAUGGGGCCCAAGGAGGGAGGUACCCGGGUCACCAUCGUGGGCGAGAACCUGGGCCUCACCUACCGAGAGGUGGGCCUGCGGGUGGCCGGCGUGCGCUGCAACUCCAUCCCUGCCGAGUAUGUCAGCGCUGAGAGGAUUGUGUGUGAGAUGGAGGAGUCGCUGGUGCCCAGCCCGCCGCCAGGGCCUGUGGAGCUCUGUGUAGGCGACUGUUCCGCGGACUUCCGCACGCAGUCUGAGCAGCUCUUCAGCUUCGUGACCCCAAUGUUCAACCGUGUGAGUCCCAGUCGGGGCCCAGCUUCUGGAGGCACACGGCUCACCAUCUCCGGUAGCUCUCUGGAUGCUGGCAGCAGAGUUGCAGUGACUGUGAGAGACGGCGAGUGCCAGUUUGUGAGGAGAGAUGCCGAAGCGAUUGUGUGUAUCUCGCCCGUCUCCACCCUGGGCCCCAGCCAGGCCUCCAUCACCCUGGCUAUCGACCGUGCCAACAUUUCUAGUCCUGGAGUCCUCUACACCUACACCCAGGACCCCACUGUCACUCGCCUUGAGCCCACCUGGAGCAUCAUCAACGGAAGCACUGCCAUCACUGUGAGUGGGACUCACCUGCUGACAGUCCAGGAGCCCCGAGUCCGGGCCAAGUACCGAGGCAUUGAAACCACCAAUACGUGCCAGGUGAUCAACGACACUGCUAUGCUGUGUAAGGCCCCCGGCAUCUUCCUGGGGCGGCCCCAGCCGCAGGCCCAGGGCGAGCACCCUGACGAGUUUGGCUUCCUGCUAGACCACGUGCAGACAGCCCGCUCUCUCAACCGAUCCUCUUUUACCUACUACCCCGACCCCAGCUUCGAGCCACUUGGGCCCUCCGGCGUCCUGGACGUCAAACCUGGCUCCCACGUAGUGUUAAAGGGCAAGAAUCUGAUCCCCGCAGCAGCCGGCAACUCCCGUCUCAACUACACAGUCCUGAUUGGGGGCCAGCCGUGUGCACUCACCGUCUCGGACACACAACUCCUGUGCGACUCACCCAGCCAGACGGGCCGGCAGCCUGUCAUGGUGCUGGUGGGUGGCCUGGAGUUCUGGCUGGGCACCCUGCACAUCACGGCCGAGCGAGCGUUGACCCUGCCGGCCAUGGUGGGGCUGGCAGUGGGCGGUGGGCUCUUGCUGCUGGCCAUCACCGCUGUGCUGGUCGCCUACAAGCGCAAGACUCAGGAUGCUGACCGCACACUCAAGCGGCUCCAGCUACAGAUGGACAACUUGGAGUCCCGCGUGGCCCUAGAAUGCAAGGAAGCCUUUGCCGAGCUGCAGACAGACAUCAACGAGCUGACAAACCAUAUGGACGGCGUGCAGAUCCCUUUCCUGGACUACCGGACCUAUGCCGUGCGCGUACUCUUCCCAGGCAUCGAGGCCCACCCAGUGCUCAAGGAGCUGGAUGUGAAUCCCCCCCUCAUUGCCUGCCCACUCCCUGUCACCCCCAGGGCCACCCCCGCACCCUCUGAGAUGCCCUGUGCCCCACAGACCCCGCCCAAUGUCGAGAAGGCCCUGCGCCUCUUCGGGCAGCUGCUGCACAGCCGGGCCUUCGUGCUUACCUUCAUCCACACGCUGGAGGCCCAGAGCAGCUUCUCCAUGCGGGACCGUGGCACCGUGGCUUCGCUCACCAUGGUGGCAUUGCAGAGCCGCCUCGACUAUGCCACAGGGCUGCUCAAGCAAUUGCUGGCGGACCUCAUAGAGAAAAACUUAGAAAGCAAGAACCACCCAAAGCUGCUAUUGCGCAGGACUGAGUCAGUGGCUGAGAAGAUGCUUACCAACUGGUUCACUUUCCUGCUGCAUAAGUUUCUGAAGGAGUGCGCCGGGGAGCCGCUUUUCCUGCUUUACUGCGCCAUCAAGCAGCAGAUGGAGAAGGGCCCCAUCGACGCCAUCACGGGCGAGGCGCGCUACUCCCUGAGCGAGGACAAGCUCAUCCGGCAGCAGAUUGACUACAAGACGCUGACCCUGCACUGUUUAUGCCCGGAGAGUGAGGGGAGCCCUCAGGUCCCAGUGAAGGUUCUCAACUGCGACAGCAUCACCCAGGCCAAAGACAAGCUGCUGGAUGCUGUGUACAAGGGCAUCCCAUACUCCCAGCGCCCCAAAGCUGAGGACAUGGACCUAGAAUGGCGCCAGGGCCGCAUGGCCCGCAUCAUCCUCCAGGAUGAGGAUGUCACCACCAAGAUCGAGUGUGACUGGAAGAGGGUCAACUCACUGGCCCACUACCAGGUGACAGAUGGUUCCGUGGUAGCACUGGUGCCCAAACAAGUAUCUGCCUAUAACAUGGCCAACUCCUUUACCUUCACCUGCUCCCUCAGCCGCUACGAGAGCUUGCUCCGCACAGCCAGCAGCCCCGAUAGCCUCCGCUCUCGGGCGCCCAUGAUCACGCCCGACCAGGAGACAGGCACCAAGCUGUGGCACCUGGUAAAGAACCAUGACCACGCCGACCACCGCGAGGGGGACCGUGGCAGCAAGAUGGUCUCAGAGAUCUACUUGACACGGCUGCUGGCCACUAAGGGCACCCUGCAGAAGUUUGUGGACGACCUCUUUGAGACCGUGUUCAGCACAGCGCACCGGGGCUCGGCCCUGCCCCUGGCCAUCAAGUACAUGUUUGACUUCCUGGAUGAGCAGGCCGACCAGCGCCAGAUCAGUGACCCCGAUGUGCGACACACCUGGAAGAGCAACUGCCUGCCCCUGCGCUUCUGGGUGAACGUGAUCAAGAACCCGCAGUUUGUGUUCGACAUCCACAAGAGCAGCAUCACAGAUGCCUGCCUGUCGGUGGUAGCCCAGACCUUCAUGGACUCCUGCUCCACGUCCGAGCACCGCCUGGGCAAGGACUCCCCUUCCAACAAGCUGCUCUACGCCAAGGACAUCCCCAACUACAAGAGCUGGGUGGAGAGGUACUACCGGGACAUUGCAAAGAUGGCAUCCAUCAGCGACCAGGAUAUGGAUGCCUACCUGGUGGAGCAGUCCCGACUCCACGCCAGCGACUUCAAUGUCCUAAGUGCACUCAGCGAGCUCUAUUUCUAUGUCACCAAGUACCGCCAAGAGGUGCGUGCCACCCCCACAAUCCCCCUGAGGGUGCAGCCAUUGGCAAAGGCAGGGGCGUCGGUGGGGGUCAGGGAGUGCCACAAGGAGGUGGAGGGGACAGAUUGCUUAUGAUGUUCCCUCUGACCAGGUCCCCGGGCUAGCAUAGGUGACACUCUCCAUAGAUGCUGGGAUUUGAGGGGAGUGGGUGGAGCCAGAAGGUGUGUGGCGCCAGCCCCGUGUAGGGCCUGUGGUGUUUGCAACCCAACUGGAGACCCCAAUAGGCAGGAGACACAGAGGUGUGGACUUAAGGAUGCAUCCUUGCCUGGAGACAAGAACUUGUGAGCCAGGACAUGGCCCUGAAAGCCCCGAGCCUGGCUGAGCUCACCAAGGGCGGCCGAGUGGGUGUAGAGGGAGAAGCGGCCCCAGCACUGGGCCCUGGGACACCCACAGGUGGCCGAGAAGACGGGGAGCUAGCAGCAGAGACUGAGGAGGGGCGGCCAGAGGCGUGGAAGGGACCCCAAGAGUGCCAGGCGGGUCCUGGAACAUGAGUGAGGCUCCCCGGGGCGGGGGGCGCUCAGGGAGGAGGGAGUGAUCGGCUCUGUGGGGUGCUGCCGACGGUCGAGGGAGAUGAGGCCCCAAACGCUCACCGGGACUUGGCAUCAGGAUCAUGGAGACCUGGACAAGAGAGGUUUUGGGGGGGGCCGAUAGGAGCGGAUGGGAAAGGGGAAAUCGGGGACAGCGAGUGCAGACCACUCUUGGGAGGGGCCGCGCUCUGGCUGUGGAGAGGACGACAGAGAGUUCUGCAGUUGGAGGAGGAUUUGGGGUCGAGGAGAAGCCGGAGGGUGUGUUCAGAGGUGAGAGAUUGCAGCCCUUCCCACGCGCCUGCCCAGGGCCCCCUGGGAGGAGGGAUGUGCUGAGGCGUGAGGCAAGGAAGAGCUCAAGCUGCUCAAGCUGGGGAGGGGGGCUUUGCCCCGGAGGAGCCGGCCCCUCCUCGAGAGCCCAGCUCCGGGGGGCCGUCCUGCCCCAGGUUCUCACCGCUCUGGACCGAGAUGCGUCUUGUCGGAAGCAUAAGUUGCGCCAGAAGCUGGAACACAUCAUCACCCUCCUGUCCAGCAACAGUUAAGGGUGGCGGAACCGGUGAGGAGGGGCCUUUUCGGUCCUGAGCUGUCCUCCCGUUGAGGGGGGCGGCUCACGCCUGGGGCUGGGGGCUGAGCCCUGGAUCGGGUGGCACGGGGGAGGUCACUGGGCCAGUGUGCCCCUGGCACACCUGGGCCCCCUUCAUUAGUGCCUUGCUUUGGGCCCCACCGGGGUGGGGGCUGGGGGCUGAGGGGGAGAGGAUGACAGGACCAAGCCCCGCACCCCAGCAGCAGCAAUACCCUUAGCCUCCUGCCCUUGUGCCCAGGUGUUGCCACGGCCCCUGCCUUCCUUGCUAUUUAUACCCCCAACCACCUAUUUAUUUAAUUUACCACCACCUCACUGUCUCCAUCUGUAAAUACGUGUCACCCCUGGCAUGUUGCCAACUUCACUGACCUUCUCUCCUUGAGUCGUCCUGGCUCCCUUGUGACGUUGUCAGCCUUGGCCUAGCCUCUGGCACCUCACCCUUGCCAUGGCUGGCCCCACCCAUACCAGGAAGGCAGCCUCGGUGCCAGCAGCACUUGGGGUGGGAUGAUGCACCUGAAGCCGCCCUCAGACUGUGGCUGUGCCCAGGCGUCCCCCUGCAGCUGGGCCACAGCGUCUCCCUUCAGACUUCUCGGGAGUUGGCCUGUCCUGUACAGGGCCCUGCUCUCUCUGAGACCCUGGAGAGCUAGAACCAGGCUUGUGCCGGGGCCUGACCUGGGCCCAGGGACUCCGGCUCUCCUUCUCCCGGCCCUACUGCCAAACAUCCUCAGUGUUGUCUGCACUUGCCCCCGACCCCCUCGUCCUCAGCUGCCCUGUCCUGCGCCCGCCCCAAGGGGCUGAGGCGGCAGUGCCUUAGUCCUUUGUCCUUCUGCCUCCUGUGAGGAAUCAGGCCCUGUCUCGCAGUCCUGGAAAUUCCAUUCUCUCCUCUUUUGUUGCAUGAGUUCUUCUUUGUUCGUGUAAUUUUUUUUCCUAAUUAAAUGUUGGGAAAACAGA